AUGUUCUAUUUUCUGUUUCGAUCUUGCGUUUCUUCUCUCAUCCGCCUCUCUGCUCUUCUUGCCUCUUCUUGAUUCUCUGUAUAGUAUCAGAGCCAUAGAGGCUCCAUGGCAGAUCUGGUCAACACUAUGGCUUCGUCUACAAGCGCUAUCAUUUCGUCCACAACAUCGGCACAAAUAUCCUUGCUUAUUCCUAUGGGAUUCAUCCCUCCGGUUAAGCUUAUCGGUGACAAUCAUCUAGUAUGGAAAAAUACCAUGGUUCCAAUUUUGAAUGGAUUUGACUUAAUGAGAUAUAUUGAAGAUGAUCCUCCACCGGUCUCAACCUCUGAUGUGACUGGAAAUGUGAUUCCGAAUCUGGAAUAUAAGGUAUAGUGGAGGAAUGAUCAGCAAAUAUUAGGGUUUCUUAAUUCCGCCAUGUCUGAAUCGGUCCUUCUGAGUCUUGGAAGAAAGAAUACAUCCAAAGAAACAUGGGAAGUAAUUGAAACCAUGUAUGCUUCCAGAGGACGAUCCUACGUAAUGGAUCUUUAGAGACAACUGAAUAAUUCCAACAAAGGAGAUAUGAGUACAGAUGACUACAUCAAGUAUUUUAAAAGGAUUUCUAAAGAACUAUCAACUGCCGGCCAUCCACUAUCAUCUGUCAUUUGAGGAUAUCAUUGCCAACUUACAAUUUCAUGAUGCAAUUCAAGCCUACUAUCAGAAUCAGCUCACAAGUUCCAUAACCCCGGUGACGAACAAUGCCCAAAUAUCAUCACAGUCCCACAACAAGAAAAAUUGGCAAAAUCUUGAAUGGCAAAACAAGGGAUUCCAGCAAAAUAAGGAAGAAAUAGACAAGGAUGAGGUAGAUCCAGACAGUACACACCAUGAUGUUAGAUUUUCUCCCAGUUUGGACACAGGGGUAGAGAAUGCAAAGAAAGAUUAUUGCAAAACUUUUAUGCUAAUCAACUCUACACCUCUGUCCCCGAUGAACCAUUAUAGUAGAGCAACCCUCAAGCUUACUACAUGAACACUAGAAGUAUCUUUGAACCAUCAAUGACAUGAUCAUGGUAUCCAGAUAGGGGGGCUUCUCAUCAUGUUACAUCGAAUCAAAACACUAUGAAUCAAUAUACUUCAUACCACAAAAAUGAUCAACUCACCAUAAGUAAUGGGACAAGUUUUUUUAUAAACUCUAUUGGCAAUAGCACCUUAAAUUCUAAAAUAUUUUCUUUAAAGAUUAAAGACAUCCUACAUGUACCUGCUAUCAUAAGAAAUUUACUUUUUGUACAGAAACUAGCUUCGGAUAAUAAUAUUUUCCUUGAAUUUUAUGUCACUUACUAUCUUAUGAAGGAUGAGAAAACCCACAAAAUCCUCCUCAAUGGAACAACUGAAGAUGGACUCUAUCUACUUUGAAGAACUAAACACGAUUCAACUGCUCUACUAGGAGAAAGGACUUCAACCAAUAUCUUGCACGACCGAUUAAGACAUUCACAAUUAAAAGUUUUGA